UUUAUAGAAUCUCAGUUCAUGUUAUAGUUGGAGUUUACUCUGAAUUAGACAACUCUUGUUUGAUUGAAUUGUUACUUAUUUCCAUGUGUUAAAAAGACAACCCUAGGAGAAAUGUUUGGUCAUGACUUGUGAAAAACACUUCAAGUAUGUUUUGCCAAAAAAAAAAAAGUAUGUUUUCCCCAAAAAAGUAUCUUUUUCCCAAAAAAAAAAGUAUGUUUCUCCAAAAAAAGGUAUGUUUUCCAUGUAAUUUUAUUGUGUUUUCCAUGUUGUGUGUUAACUAUAAUACUUCCAGAAAACUAGCCAGAUUGCUUCAGACUCCAAAUAAAAUAAAUAAAAAUCUAAAAACGUAUAUGAAAAAAAGAUCGUACCGACUUAAAAUUAAAUUGACCGCCACAAUAAUUUUUCUGGUGGAGAUUUGACUUUAUGAUUUGGAAGCUAAUAAGCGUCAAUACAUCUCCCCACCACUAAACAACUAGAAACUAGAAAGCUGUUCCUCAUUACAUUACGUGCUCCCAUACUGUUCCAAUCAUCGCCUCAAUCCCCGCUAGUUUAUUCAAAUACUGUUCAAAAAUACCAUAUUCUGUAGAAAAGUAUGCGGUUAUAUUGUAUUUUUGCUGGUAACUUUCUUCAACAACAACAAAAAAACAAAAAUCUUUAAAUGUUAGAGAUGAAAAUGAAUUACAACUGUUGACUUGGAAAAACUAGGCCAGUCCAGCGUACAGCAACUCUAUAUACUUUCUUCGUUUUAGGAGCCAAGCUUUACCUAAUUCAGAAUAGUUUCUCUUUAGAGAUGGCUCAAUUAUUUCUCAUUCUCUGCUUUUUGCUAACUCUUUUCAUUUCCAUGGCUACGUCUCUAAACGAUCAAGGCCUUGCUCUUCUUUCCUUUAAGCAAGCCUUACUAAACCAGAAAGACUACUCUGUCUUAACCACUUGGAACUCCUCAGAUUCAAACCCUUGUUUUUGGCUAGGCAUUACAUGUAAUAAAGAUCUGAGAGUUGUCUCAAUUCGUCUUCCCAAUAAAAACCUUUCCGGUUCUCUUCAUCCUUCUAUUGGAACCCUCUUGUCCCUUCGACACAUUAAUCUCAAAAACAAUAAGUUCCAAGGAAAGUUACCUGCUGAGCUCUUUGCACCAGAAGAGCUUCAAAGCUUGGUGCUUUCCGGAAAUUCGUUUUCCGGGUUUGUUCCAGAAGAGUUAGGGAGGCUGAAGAGUCUGAUCACUUUGGAUCUUUCAAAGAAUUCUUUCAACGGUUCAAUACCUUUGUCGCUUCUUCAAUGCAAGAAGCUGAAGACGCUUGUUCUAAGCAACAACAACUUCUCUGGAGAUCUUCCAACCCGGUUCGGUUCUAGUUUGGUUCAGCUCCGGACGCUAAAUCUUUCUUUCAAUCGGUUAAGAGGAACAAUUCCAGAAGAUAUAAGUAAUCUGAAGAACCUGAAAGGUACUCUUGAUCUUUCUCACAACUCCUUGUCAGGUAUGAUUCCAACAAGCCUUGGAGAUCUCCCGGAGGUUCUCUAUGUUGAUCUUUCUUACAAUAAUCUCAGUGGUCCGAUACCACAAUCUAACGUCCUGUUGAACGCCGGUCCAAAUGCUUUCCAAGGAAACCCUCUGCUCUGUGGAAUACCCACAAAGGUUUCUUGCGAAACAAGAAACACACAAAUAAUCCCUUCUCAACUAUAUACACAAAAAGCCAACCAUCAUUCUAGAUUUUGCACCAUCCUUACAGCCACCGGAUGCACAGUAGCUGGAAUCAUCUUUCUUGUUUCAUUAUUCAUCUACCAUCUCCGAAAAGCAUCCGCGGCUCGUGCAGACAAAGAUCAAAACAACCGAACAAGUCAUUCAGAGAAGAAGACAAUGCAAGAGUUUCUCUGUUUCAAAGGAAACUCAGCAUCCGAGGCGCUAGAUGAGAUCAAAACUCAACAGGUUUUCAUGCCAAUGGACCCGGAGAUUCAGUUUGACCUAGACCAGCUUCUGAAAGCGUCUGCUUUUCUGCUAGGAAAGAGCAGGAUAGGGCUUGUCUACAAAGUUGUUCUUGAAAACGGGCUAAUGUUAGCCGUUAGAAGAUUGGAGGAUAAAGGUUGGCUAAGGCUCAAAGAGUUUCUGGCUGAUGUCGAAGCAAUGGCUAAAAUCAAGCAUCCGAAUGUCUUGAAUCUACAAGCUUGUUGCUGGUCUCCUGAAGAGAAACUCCUAAUCUAUGAUUACAUACCAAAUGGCGACCUUGGCUCUGCUAUUCAAGGUAGACCAGGUAGCUUGUCAUGCAAGCAACUUUCUUGGCCGGUUCGGUUAAGAAUAUUGAGAGGAAUCGCAAAAGGAUUGACGUACAUUCAUGAGUUCAGCGCCAAGAGAUACGUCCAUGGAAACAUAAACUCCAGCAACAUACUUCUCGGACCGAAUCUUGAACCGAAAAUUUCAGGUUUCGGUUUGGGGCGCAUUGUCGACAUGCCUUCUUCAGACAUUAGAUCGGAUCAGAUCUCUCCGAUGGAGUCGCGCUCACCAAGCGUCUCAAGAGAAGCAUAUUACCAAGCUCCUGAAGCUUCCAAGAUGACUAAACCGUCUCAGAAAUGGGACGUGUAUUCAUUCGGUUUAGUGGUACUCGAAAUGGUAACCGGGAAAUUUCCGGUUAUGCAGAUGAGUAGUUCAGAGACCGAUUUGGUUAUGUGGGUUGAAGCAGCUGCUGAGAGAAAUAAACCGAUUUGGUAUGUUCUUGACCCGGUUUUAGCUAGAGAUAGAGACAUGGAAGACAGUAUGGUUCAAGUGGUCAAAAUCGGAUUAGAUUGUGUAAAGAAGAGUCCAGAUAAAAGACCAAUCAUGAGAAAUGUCUUUGAGAGCUUCGAGAAACUGGCAUCUUCAAUUUGAAAUUACUGUGUUUCGUUUUUUUUUUGUUCAACAGAAUAACUAAUUUAUCAUGCAUGAUAUAUUUGAUGUAACUAUCGUCAUUAUGUUUAUGUGUAUCUUUCAU